AUAUAAUGGAGUCAGAAGAGAGUAAAAUCCAACCUCAAAUAGAGAACGAUGGAGCUGACGAAAUGGAACGCAGAGAUAGUCAAAGAAUCGACCAUGGAAAAGAAGAUGGUGAUUUAUAUGACUCUGACGACUUUGAAAAAGACGAUGACCCUCAAAAAGCAGAUAAUGGCUCGAUAAGUCAAUUUAAAGACUUUGAAGAAGAGAAAUCUCGAGGACUUAACUUACCAAUAUUUAACAAUUCUACCCGAUCGAAAGACACUUUUAAAGGGAUCUCAACUAACGCGAAUACUCCAACAAGACACAAAAACAAACUAAAAGAAAAGUUGAAUUAAUUAUAAGAGGUAUGAAACAGAAGAAGAGAAUAGCAACCUCAAAUAACUCUAUCAAGGCUGUUAACCGUAUAAGAUCUACAAAUAAUUCAUCCAAGAGGAUCAAUGACUUCCUGAACCUGAGACAGAACGAGGAGUCCAAAAUGUUUAACGAUUUCGGAACUCCAGGCCUGGAGUCAAAGAAUGAUCAAAUAUCGCAUCAUAGAGACUCUAUUGACCGGGAUCGGCUCCCACAGGAGUUGAUUAGGCAAGAUCGUAUUGAUCAAAAUUCUUGUGAGAAAAUCUCUCUACGAAAACCUUCAUUAAUAGGAGAAGAGGAGACAUAUCAGCCAGAAUCAAAACUGUUUGAUUACGAAAGCUUAAAACAAUCGCCUAAUUUCUGUGUGAAGCCCUACCAUAACGCCAUCUAUCGGGGAGAGGUACUCUCCCAAGUCCUAGAUGGUGGACUUCGAAAGGAAGUUCGUCAUGGAUUUGGAGUAAUGCUUUACCACAACGGUAGAGUUUAUGAAGGUCAAUGGAUUAAUGACAAAAGGAACGGCAAGGGCUACGAAAGGUACAAAUAAUAACAACAUCUAUGAAGGUGACUUCAAAGAUGGCAAAGCCCAUGGAGGCGGUAUUUUCAAAUGGGAAGCAGGUGAAACCUACAAUGGACAAUGGCACAAAGGCCUCAAGCAAGGCCAAGGUGUCUGGCGUGGCAAUGAAGGUGAAUACUACAUUGGUGAAUGGAAAGAAAGCCGAACCCAUGGCAAAGGAAUCUAUGUCUGGUCCAAUGGCGACAAGUACGAAGGAGAAUGGAAAAAUGGUCUCAAGCAUGGCCAAGGCAGUGACAUUUUCAAAAAUGGUGAUGUCUAUGUAGGAAGUUACCAAUUUGGUAAAGCACACGGAGAAGGACAAUACACUUGGAAAAAUGGAUCUGUGUACACUGGCCAGUUCUCAGAUGGCAUGAAGCAUGGGAAGGGAAAAUGGGUCAAAGACCGCAAGGCCAAUAGCAACUCAUUUAUUGGCAACUACUACCUUGAUAAAAAGCAAGGCCACGGUGAAUUCAGAUGGGCUAGUGGAAAUGUUUACAAAGGAAACUACAAAAAUGAUCUCAGAAAUGGUUUCGGAGAGAUGACUUGGACCGAUGGAAGCUUCUAUAAAGGGAACUGGGUCAAUGGCAUCCAACAUGGAUUUGGCAAAAUGCAGUUCCUCGAUGGAACCAUAAAUGAGGGAAUCUUUGACCACAAUAUUUUUCAAGGAGUCAACGAAGAGGCUAGUGAAAUUGAAGAAGAGAGUUAUGAUGAUACCCAAAAUGAUGAAGAUCACAGAGACGCCUUAGAUCAUGCCUUGACUCCAGCAAAGACUCGUCAAAAACUAGAUGAGGAGGAGGAAGAUGAGUCAAUGCCAAUUCCUCAACGAACGCUCAAGCCAUCUCCACUAAAAGAACGAGAAAGACAGAAAAGAGAAUUUGAGAACACUGAUGAAGAAAUAGAAGAUAUUGUUACAAAAGCCAAAGUAAUCGAUCUCAUCGAUGAAGAGGAGAAAUUUCAAGACCAGCCAAAAGUUCGCCGUCUUCAAAAAAUCGGUUCAAGGAACAUCAACCCUAGGACAUACGAGACUCGUAAAGAAGUGGCUGAUUUCGGAACUCAAUUCUCAUCAAAAUCUCGAGAAAGGGAAGUCAGAGGGAUUACUAUCCAGGCUGAUCUAGACUCUAGCUCAGGUGAUGAGAACCAGAGUUACUUCAAUAGUCGAGGUAAACUCCCUAGUGUUGUCAAGAAGCAUAAAAAGAAGAGCAGGGGUUUACUUAACGCUACAGUCCAAGAACGGUUUAAAAAGAGAAAGAAAAGCCGGAUAGCCAUAGACCCUACUAAGAAGAUGAAAAUGAUAAAUUCUUCAGCAUUAAAGAAUUUUAGCCCUGCUCGAAAUAUCUCUAUCGCUAAGAUUAACAAGAGGAAGAGGUCCCUGAAGAAUCAUAUUUUCUCUAACAGAGAAAAGACUAUAUCUGGCUCUAGUACUCUUGCUCAUCAUGGGAUGGAGAAUAGGAGGUCCAGGAUCCGGAAGUUGUCCAAAUCUGGUGUGGACAACCCUAAUAACUCCUUCGAUGAACGAGAGGAGAAGAAGCAAGAAGUUACUUAUUUCCCAAAAUUAGAGCAUAAGCCUAAUUUGCAUCCAAAUUUCGACAUGCCAUUAACAAUGAAGAACAAGAAGAAGCGGAAGAAGAACAAAAGAGGCGUUAAUAGUGAUUCUAUUAACAACUUUGCUCAUCGUAGUGUGAUGCAUGAUCCUGAUGAAGGAGAUUCUAAAUUCCAAUUGAGGCAAGGCCAAGAUCAAAAGCGUGAUCUUUCACUUGACAAGAAGAAGAGCCCAAGAGACAUCAGAAAGCUAUUAGCAACGCUUAAAAAGAGGAAAGCAGCCCGUGAGAAGAAGGCAUGGGUUCCUAGUGGUCCCAUAAAACACUCUGAUGGGUAUAAUCCAAGUCUUAAGAUGUAUUAUUAACAAUUUUCAGCCA